AUGAGAAUCGCCACGUUGUUCCCAUUAUAUACGGUCUAUUCAUUGCUUUCAAUAUGCUUUCCCAACGCAUAUGUAUACCUGGUUGGAUGGACGAAGGUUUUCCAAGGUAUUGCUUUGUAUUGGUUUCUCAUGUUACUCUGUGACUUUGUGACACCAAACGACCGACACAGAGCUGAGUUCUUUGCAUCUUUGAGAAUUCCAAAGAGAUACAGCACAACCAAAACGACGGACGGCUUGUCGUGGUUGAAGGUUGGAGAUUCAUCUGACUUUCUGCGCGCGCAGUAUACCUGGUUCUUUGUUCUGCAGUAUCCAAUCGUCUCAUUUAUUCUUGCUAUUGCUCAGAGCAUCACACAAGCACUGGGAAUUUACUGCCUCGAAGGUAACAAAGCCAAUUUCGCUCACUUAUGGGCAAGUACACCCGGUAUCACUAUCAUUGGAAUCAUAUCGCUCGGCAUGGCAAUGAUCAAUAUCCUCAGGUUCCACGGUAACCUAAAAUCUCACAUGCAAGAACAGAAGCCAAUGAUGAAGCUCUUGGCAUUCAAGCUUGUUGUUGGUCUUGAGUUUUUAGAGCAGCGUGUCAAGCCACUGACAAUCAAACAGAUCGUGUUUAUGGUUCUUGAUGCCACCGGCACCCUCAAGCCCUCUGAUACCCUGAGCUAUGCAGACAUCAUCAUUGGAUUGCCUACCCUGAUUAUCUGUCUACAGGUGGUUCCCUUUGCAUUUCUAUUCUACCACGCCUAUUCCAUCAAGUCCUACACGAAAAUGAACGUUAAACGUUCUGGCGAUUCCCAGCAGUACCUCGCUGUAGUCAACGGUGAGACCGGUCGCCCCCGCGUAAAGCGGUAUCAGGGUGGUCCCUUGGGAAUUUACGCUUGGCUCGCAUUGUUCAACCCAGGCGAGCUCUUCCGAGACAUCAAAUCGACAUAUAAAAUGUUUCAUGCUUCAAGUUUUAAGACGGAGCUGAAGGAGACCACAAUGAGCCUCGAUUCUUGA